AUGGCAACCCCAGCUCCAGUGCCAGUUCCUCCUCCAGAAACUCCAGCUACUCCUCCUGACACUCCUUCAAGAGCACAAGAAGUCAAAAUGUCGGGAGAAGUUAUUCAGGAAGCUAUCAAGAACGAGGCCAUCGAUGGUGGGGCUCCAGCGUUCAAGUUUGAUCCCAAUGCAACACCGGCCGAAAAGGCAGCUGAGGUUCGCAAGGCAAUUCCGGAGGGCCUCAAGCUUCAACCGAGUACAAAAGCUGCUGCUAUCAUCGAUCCCGACGCAUCAACACCUAAAUCCGACAAACCAGCGGCCGGCCCACAGUCACAAGAAAAGGGCGAGAAGCCAGCCGACGGUUAUGUAAAUGGACACCCAAAGGCCGGUGACGGCGAAUGGAGCCGAACAGGAUGGGCUCCAAGAUUUGGAGCCGUAGUCGAUGAGAGCGCUAAUUUUGGUCUCCCUCUCGACGAGCUUGAUAUUGACAAAACAACUUGGCUUGAAAAGAGACUCGAGGAUAAGUUUUUCGGAGAUUGGUAUCAUAAUGCGGGAAUCAUCAUUGGCGCUUGUGUCAUGAGCUGGAUCGUUGCUUUAUUCGGUGGCGGUAUCGCCUGGGUUAUCAUCGUUUGUGCAAUUUGCAUGACAUACUAUAGGACUUCUAUCAAACGCCUUCGCCGAAAUAUUCGUGAUGAUCUCAUUAGAGAGACUGCACUUCAAAGACUCUCUACCGACGCAGAGAGUCUCGAGUGGAUCAACAACUUCAUCCUCAAGUUCUGGCCAAUUUACCAACCUGUCUUAGCUGCUACCGUUGUCAAUACUGUCGAUCAAAUCCUCUCUACUGCCACUCCCGCAUUCUUAGACAGCCUUCGAUUGGAAACUUUCACCAUGGGAACCAAACCUCCAAGGCUGGAGCAUGUUCGAUCGUACCCCAAAACCGAAGAUGACAUUGUCGAGAUGGAUUGGAAAUUCAGCUUCAACCCGAAUGACACUUCUGAUAUGACUUCGAUGCAGCUUAAGAGCAGAAUUAACCCCAAGAUUGUUCUUGAGAUUCGUGUUGGAAAGGGUAUUGCCAGCAAGGGUCUCCCCGUGAUCGUCGAGGAUUUCGCCUGCUCUGGAGAAAUGAAGGUUAAGAUCAAGCUUCAAAUUAACUUCCCUCACAUCGAGAAGGUCGAUGUCUGCUUUUUGCAGCCUCCAAGACUCGAUUUUGUCUGCAAGCCCCUUGGUGGUGAUCUCCUUGGUUUGGAUAUUGGUCUCAUGCCCGGUUUAAAGACCUUCAUUUUAGAUAUGGUUCACGCCAAUCUCAAACCCAUGUUCUAUGCUCCUCAUGUCUUCACUCUCAAUAUCGCACAGAUGCUUGCCGGAGCUGCCGUCGACACAGCUAUUGGUAUCCUCGCCGUUACGAUCCAUAACGCUCAAGGUUUGAAGAAUCCAGAUAAAUUUUCAGGUACCCCAGACCCAUAUGUUGCUCUUUGCUUCAACGGCAGAGAUGUUCUCGCGAAGACCCAUACCAAGAGAGAAAACGCAAACCCAAGGUGGAAUGAAACCAUUUAUCUCAUCAUUACCUCGUUUAACGAUGCUCUUUGGCUACAAGUUUUUGACUAUAACGACAUUCGCAAGGACAAAGAACUUGGCGUUGCCUCAUUCACACUUAAGAGCCUUGAAGAUGGUCAACCGGAGCAGGAAAAUGUCCAACUUCCGGUCAUUGCUAAUGGAAAGAACAGAGGCCUCAUCACCUGUGACUUCCGCUUCUUCCCAGUGCUCGAAGGUGCAAAGAAUGCUGAUGGCACUACUGAACUCGUACCUGAAAUGAAUACUGGCAUCUUAAGAUACACCAUCCAUAGAGCCAAGGAGCUGGAUCACACCAAGAGUAUGAUCGGUCAGCUUUCUCCAUACGCUACUUUUGUUAUCAACGGCAAGAAGAUCAAGCAAACAAAGGUUGUCAAGCGAAGCAACGACCCGAUCUGGGAAGAGCAUACCGAAAUUAUUGUUAAAGACAGGGCACACUGCAAAGUUGGUCUGAUGAUCAAGGAUUCCCGAGACUUAGCAGAAGAUCCAACAAUUGGUUUCUAUCAACUCAAACUGAACGACAUGCUCGACGCAACCGCUAAAGGACAGGACUGGUUCCCACUUUCCGGUGUCAAGACUGGCAAGGUCCAAAUCAGGGCACAGUGGAGACCGGUUGCACUGAAGGGAGACCUUGGUGCUGACGGUGGUUACAUCAAGCCGAUUGGUGUUCUCCGUAUCCAUUUGGUUCGCGCGAAGGACCUUCGUAACGUCGAAAAACUUGGAAAAUCAGAUCCAUAUGUUCGAAUCCUCCUAUCUGGCAUUGAGAAGGCUAAGUCCGUUACAUUCGAGGAAGAUCUCAACCCACAAUGGGAUGAAAUUCUUUAUGUUCCUGUCCACAGUAACCGUGAAAAAGUUACUCUUGAAGUCCUGGAUUACGAAAAGCUCGGGAAGGAUAGGCCACUUGGUCAAUACGAUUUCGAUGUUGGCCCAUACAUCAAGGAAAGUGAGGAAGUUGAGGGCGAGUUUUUAGCACAUACAGAAAGAAAAGAGCAAGCCGUCCCCCUUAUUUUGGACCGAUCAAGGCAACAGAAGGGAACUCUUUUCUUUAAUGUAUCCUUUUACCCAACUAUGAACGUCGCUGAACCUGAACCCGAGAAGAAGGAAGAGUCACCUGCUGAAGAAGCCGACCCAGACCUCGAAGUCAAGGCCGCAACUCCCACAACCCCAGCAGUUGCUGGGUCUGAAGUUGAUAUGUUGGAGGCUGCUGAGAAAGAAGUCGAGGGCGCUGCGCCGCAGAAGAAGAAAUCAGAGGCUAUCAAGCUAACACCAGACGAGCUGCUCUCUAAGAACUCCGGUCUACUUGUUUUCAGAAUUCACGAUGUGGAUCUUACAGAGCGCGACUGUUACCUUCAGCUUAGGAUGGACGACUUCCUUUUCCCAGCUUUUGUAUCCUCGAAGAUCCGGACGAAGAAGGGUAAAGUAGAUGAGAUUGGCGACGCUUUUGUCCGAGAACUCGAAUUCUCCAAGGUUACCCUCAGACUCGUAGAGCACCACAAAGAUAAAGGUGACGGCAAGGAAGAUAUCAUCGCAGAACUUAAGGGAGACACUUUUAGAAUCCUCAAACAGUGUCUAUCUAAACCCACUACCCUAACAUUGAGGGGCAAAGAUGGCGUCAGCAAGGUCAAUGUAACUCUCAACUACAUCCCUGUUCUCAUGGAGCUCGACGAGAGAGAAAGUAUUACAAAUAUGGGAACUCUCCGCGUCGACGUUUUGGAUGGAUCAGAUCUUCCGGCAGCUGACAGCAACGGAAAGAGCGAUCCAUAUGUCAUAUUUGAGCUCAAUGGAGACAAGGUGUUCAAAACUGAAGUCCAGAAGAAAACUCUUCAUCCCGCGUGGAACGAGUUCUUCCAGGUUCAGAUCCCGUCCAAAGUUGCUGCCGAAUUCAAAUGCAAGGUUUACGAUUGGGAUCUUGCUGGUGAGGAUGACUUCCUUGGGGCUGCUAAUAUUGACUUAACAAAGGUCCAGCCAUUCACCAAGAGCAUUGCCACUGUUCCUCUAGACGGGAAGUCGGGGUCCAUCCGCCUCGGCUUCGUUUUCACACCCGACUACGUCGUUCGCCAAAGACAUACUACUGCAACAUUCAGCGGCACCUUCGCGGUCCCUGGUAAGAUUGUUACGAACGUCGCUGGGGCACCAAUUAAAGGUAUUACGAAAGUUGGCGGCGGUGUCAUUAAGGGAGCUUCCUUUGUUGGCAAGAAUGUCUUCGGCCGUGGCAAAAAAGACAAGGAGGAAAAAGAGGAAGAUUCUAGCAGCUUUUCUCAUAGUAUUUCUGUCAACGAACCAUCCGUGGACGACGGCCGCAGCAGCGGUAGCGUCUCGCCCCCGAGAAUGGGAGCCCCAAACAGAGACUCUAUGGGCAAGGACUCUAUGAAUAGGGACUCUGUGAAUCUCAACCCAUAUGGUAGCCACAGAAGUCAGAAGAGCAUCAGCGGUGCCAGCAUUCUUCCUGAUACAGGCCUCGCACAUAUCACUCUUGUCAGAGCCACUGGAUACAAAGACGGCCAGAAGCUGCGAGUCCAUGUUAUCCCGCAAGGCAAGGAUAAGCAUAUCCUGAAAAGUUCAACCGAAAAGUUCCAUGGCAAUUCUAUCGAAUGGCAUAACGAUGAAAAGGUACAAUAUACCUGUACUCCAGAUACUACCUUUAAAGUCGAAGUCUGGUACGACUCGCGAAUUCCCGGAAAGGACGAGAAACUUGGUGAAGGUUUGUUAAUUCUGAAUGAGAAUUCGUCACCCUCAGAGACUGUCAUUCCGGUUGGUGCUGGGAAUAUUACGUUCAAGACGAGUUUCAAAUCAUCAGACGAGGAUCGACCGGGUUCGAGGCAUUCAUCGCAUCGCAAAAGUUUCUUUGGGCGAAGCAGAAACAACAGUCCACCAUAG